AGCUGAUUUGUGCCUCCAACGCCGGCCCAGCUGGUUGCACAAUGGAAAACUGGCGAUUUUAAAUCCUUUUGCACUAUAGCUUAUUUUUUUUAUUUUUUUUCUGUAUGUGUAGAAAUAUUUUUUAAAAAAAGGACGUCUCCGGCUGCAUUCGUGAGUUUGCGAACGUGAGGAUGAGGCGCUGAUGGAAGGGGGGUGCGGCAGGGAGGGGGUAUACCUGCUGCUUGAGAAAUGGGGAUGUGUUACAGUCUGCGACCGCGGCUCUUCAGCGAUCCCUCCAGCGGCGGCCCGGACGCGGAGCUGCGCCCUGGAGCGGGGGCCGAGCAGCCACACCAGGGGGACACGGCAGCCAGGCUACGGAGCGCCGACGGCCCCGGGCUGCAGCUCCGCCGCAGGGAGACGGAUGGGCAGCCGCAGCAGAACGGCGCCGAGGGAGAGCGGGCGCCUCCGCCUCUGCAACAGGGCAGCAAAGGACUGGACAGGGACAAGCACAAGGGCGACAAGCCCCGGCCGCAGGACGCAGAAGCGGACAGAGAGGCCAAGAGGGUCAGCAAAUGCAUCGACAAGAUGUUAAAGCAACAGAAACGCGAGUACAAGCAAACCCACCGCCUGCUGCUCUUGGGGGCUGGUGAAUCUGGAAAAAGUACAAUUGUCAAGCAAAUGCGAAUCUUGCAUGUCAAUGGAUUUAAUGCUGAAGAGAAGAAGAUGAAAGUGCAAGAUAUUAGGAAAAAUAUUAAAGAUGCCAUCGUGACAAUAGUCUCAGCGAUGAGCACUUUAAUACCACCAGUCCAGUUAGCCAACCCUGAGCACCAGGUUCGAUUGGAUUAUAUUAAGAGUAUCGCGCUUCUUUCAGACUUUGAAUACACGCAGGAAUUUUUCGAUCACGCAAAAGCACUUUGGGAUGAUGAGGGUGUGAAGGCAUGCUUUGAAAGGUCAAAUGAGUACCAGCUCAUCGACUGUGCACAGUACUUCUUAGACAGAAUUGACCAAGUGCAGCAAAAUGACUAUUCCCCGUCAGAUCAGGAUUUGCUUCGAUGCAGAGUUUUGACAUCAGGGAUUUUUGAAACAAGAUUUCAAGUUGACAAAGUAAAUUUUCAUAUGUUCGACGUGGGAGGCCAAAGGGACGAGAGGAGGAAGUGGAUCCAGUGUUUCAAUGACGUCACAGCUAUUAUUUUUGUGGUGGCCAGUAGUAGCUACAACAUGGUGAUACGGGAAGACAACAACACCAAUCGGCUCCGAGAAGCACUCGAUCUCUUCAAAAGCAUCUGGAACAACAGGUGGCUGCGAACAAUUUCUGUCAUCCUCUUCCUGAACAAGCAGGACCUUCUGGCAGAGAAAGUGUUGGCGGGAAAAUCCAAAAUUGAAGACUAUUUUCCAGAGUACACGCGUUACACAACUCCAGAUGAUGCAACCCCUGAACCUGGAGAAGAUGCCAGAGUCACGAGAGCUAAAUAUUUUGUACGAGACGAGUUUCUUAGGAUCAGCACAGCGAGCGGAGAUGGACGCCACUACUGUUACCCGCACUUCACCUGUGCAGUGGACACGGAAAAUAUCCGCAGAGUAUUCAAUGACUGUCGAGAUAUUAUUCAGAGAAUGCACCUGCGCCAGUAUGAACUGUUGUGAUGGAGAAUCAAUGUGACUUCUUGAUUUUUGGACUCUGCUGGUUUCCUUACCCUUGACCUGCCCACGCAGGGUGGAAGAAAUGCGAGAGAUGUGUGUCAACUUUGCUCUCUCAGCUUUGUUUUGUUCUUCAUUCCUGACUUCACUUUCUUUUGUGCACUUCACUCUGUGUUAGUUUGUUUCCCCUCCCUGGUUCUACCGAGACCUCUGGUUACCUCUUGUGUCUUGAUAGAAGUCUGGGUAAAUACCUCCAUCUGCCUCCCUGCAGCACAUGACUCUGCUGCCCCCCUGCCCACCCCUGUCCUCGGGCAGCUGACGACAGCCCUGUCUUUCAGACCUCUCUCUCUCUCUCUCUCCCCCCCCUCUCUCUCCCCCCCUCUCUCUCUCCCCCCCACCUGUCUCUCUCCCCCCCGCCUCUCUCUCUCCCCCCCUCCCUCCCUCCCUCCCUCUCUCCCUCUCCCUCUCUGUGGGUUUCUUUACAACACAACGCUCAAGAGUACUUGAUGGGGGAAAAUAUAUUAGAACGACAAUGCACUUUUUUGCAUCAGGGUAAUUUAAAAAAAAAACAACUGUUGAGGAAGUUCACACAAUGUAGCAGCACCAGAACAUGUAAUAGUUUCAUGGUUUUCAGCAUUAAGAAUUGCAGUUCCGCUGAAAAAGGACCUCGUCUUCAGCCACUUGAGGCAAAGGAAUAGUAAAGAGAUGGGAUGUCUGAAUCCUACAUGUAGGAGACAUUUUCUGAGGUCUUGGAGCUAUUGAGUCUCACCACACUUUAGAUCUUGAACAGGGACUGCUUUGGCCUGGCCACAUGGGCUGAAACCGCCACACACUAACGUUUGUUCAAGCUGUCCACCGUGGUCAUUUAGGGAUAACUCACGACCGGACAAGUAGUCCAAACAUUUGUUUCUCUUUUCUGUUUGUUUCACUGCUGGAUUAUUAUCUUGUACAGACUGUAAAAUGUAUUAUUUUGUACAACUUUAUUGAAAAGAAUACUUGUAGAUGAUCUUUGUGCCUUGAUUAUGGCUGUACCUGUAAAAUGAGCUGAGAUGUAAGUAUGUUUGAUUGCGCUGUACAGCUUUAUGUCAAAACCCUUUCUACAGCAAUGGCUGCAGACAGGAUGUUUCUCUGUAGAGAUUAGUUUUUUUUUCCUGGUUUAUAAAGAAGGAAAAUGCUCUUUAGUAAAAAAAUGUAUAAAUUAUGCAAAUUAACCACUUACCUUUACAAGAAAGGGUCAGAGGUGAUGAGAUGUUGCAAGAUCAUGCCUUGUUUUGGAUUCUCAGCUUUAACACAUUGGAAUCCAGUUAGGCAUCCAAAAUGCAACGUGGAAUUAUUUCUAUGGGAACCAAGGUUUUUUUGCUAGAAGUAUACAUGUUUGGUAAUUCUUUGGUCAUUCAUAGACCUUCACAAAUGCACAGGCAUUGUGAACGUGUGAGCACCAUUAGAUAGGCUCUUAAAUUCUUGUACCAUCAGCAGCUAUUAUUGUGCAAGUAAGUAGUAAGAAACAGAAAAAAACCUAAGGUGUAAACCUUUGUGUCUGGCCUAAGAGAAUUACAUUUUUAUUUCUCUUUUAAUAAAGAGAUAUGUUAGAAAAGUUUAUUUUAAAUAUUGUAGAAUUUGAGAUGUGUGAAAAUUUCUCAGACUUGAAUAAUUUAUGCAAAUCACAUUCUCAGAACAAGUGGUGGUUCAGUUUGGAAAAUAAGCAAAAAUCGCUGUAGCAAUAAGGCAUGUCCUUUUUAGUAACUAUUACACUGCUUUAUAUUUUAUACCUAGGUGUUUUAUGUCUCUGUGAGUAUAUACUUUUCAUGUGUCCAGAAUAACUUGUACAAUUUGUACAAUGUUAAAAGAAAUUACAGUUACAAUAACAGAAACCCAGUAAGUGUUAAUUCUAUAUUACUUUAAAAUGGAGACCUGAUGUACACUAUUCCCUCCUUACACCUCCCCUGUGCACAAUGGUGUUUUAAGUAUUCUGUGUGCUUAAUUAACAUCCAUGAUUGCAAAAUCUAGCUACGUUAUACAAAUAGAAAUGGAGAGCCAAAAAGGACAAUCUUUCUGUCAAGGGUACCAGAGUGGAGAGCCACACGAGGCCACCUUUAUCUCCCCCUUUUCACCUGAGGACGUGAGCAUAUGUGUAUAAUAGGUAUUUGUUUAAGAUGCCCUUCCAAAGCAGGCACAUUUCAAUCCCCGUGCACACCCUUGCCAACCAAUAAAUUAUUGAG